UAAGGAAAAAUGUGUCUGGACAUUAUGAAAUGCCUCUGCCCUUCAAAACCAGACCCAGCCUGCCUGACAACAAAGGCUCAGCUAUUACACGCCUUCUUCACCUUAAAAGGAGAUUACAACGGAUAAAAGGUAUAAGGAACAUUAUGUUGAGGUCAUGGAGGAAGUCAUUGGGAAGGGAGAUGCUGAGCAGGUCAAUGACGGUGGGAGUGAAGGGGAGAGAUGGUACAUUCCCCAUCAUGGUGUGCGUCACGCGAAGAAGCCAGAUAAACUUCGUGUGGUCUUUGAUUGCUCAGCCAGAUACAAAGGAACAAGCUUGAAUGAGCACCUCCUCUCUGGGCCCGACAUGUUGAACAACUUAGGUGGAGUUCUCAUCCGUUUCCAACAGCACCCAGUUGCGUUGAUGUGCGACAUUCAGAAGAUGUUCCAUCAGUUCCAUGUGGUUGAAUCUGAUCGCAACUUCUUGCGCUUCCUCUGGUGGAAGCAAGGAAAUUUGAACUCACAGCCCACCGAGUUUCGCAUGAAGGUACAUUUGUUCGGUGCAGCUUCGUCUCCGGGAUGUGCAAACUAUGGGAUGAAACAUCUAGCUAAGGAGAAUCGCGACAUCUACCCUCAAGGCUCAAGAUUUGUUAUGAGGAACUUUUAUGUGGAUGAUGGGCAUAGCGUCGAAAACACCGAAGAUGCCAUUCAGCUUGCCAGGGAAGCUCGUGAACUCUGCGCCAUGGGCGGUCUCCGACUACAUAAAUUUGUGUCUAAUGACAAAAAGGUAUUAGAGAGUAUACCACUCUCCGAACGAGCCACCAACGUGAAGGAUAAGAAUCUCUCAUUUGAUGAAUUGCCACUCGAGAGAGCUCUCGGGAUUCAAUGGGAUGUGGAGUCUGACCGCUUCAAGCUUAACGUCAGCCUCAAAGAACAGCCUGCAACGCGACGCGGCAUUUUAUCUACAGUAGCUUCACUGUACGAUCCUCUUGGGUUUGUAGCGCCAGUCGUCCUCAAAGCAAAGAGCAUUCUUCAAGAGAUGUGCAGGCGAGGUACUGGCUGGGACGAUCCUCUUACUGAUGAGCUUCGACAUAAAUGGGAACAAGGAAGAUGUCAGGUAUCCACCUGCCACGCCCCCUUCGGUGGCUGCCAUGCCUACGCUCUCUCAAUGAAGCUUCCGGCUACAAUCACACACACCUGAAACUUCCUAAAGACUGCCGUGUAUGUGUGUGUGUGUGGAUGUGUGCUCGUCAUUAAAUCCGAGCGAGCUGUAUUCCGACUUUCGCCUCCUGAUCAUUCGCUCAUUCAUGAACACCCACGCUGCCCAACCCAGUGCGAGCAACUUCUGUUUGUGAACAAUAUUAGUGAUAUUUAGCGGUAAGUACAGUAAUCAUUUUGUUUCUUACUCUUGUAAAGUUGUUAAUUUAUACUUUUACCGAGCCAACACAAAAUACCCGCAGAGAUCGGGAUAAUCCGGCAAAGGGCAGUCCAUAAAUAAUAUCCACGGUGCUUUACGGAGGAAGCCCGAUUGCGGUGAGCUCAAUGCGGGCGGGGGAACAGGGCAUUCCCUGAAGCACAGAGGUAUGACAGCCACCGAAGAGGGCGGGGCAGGGGUAUUCCUGACAGCAUUAAUACGGCUAAAAACAGGAAAAAAUUGGUAAUUAUUGGGUAUUGGUGGAGUUCGGGAACGGAUUAAUUGGUUUUCCAUUUUUUCUUAUGGGAUAAUUAGGUCCGGUUUUCGAACAUAUCGGAUUUCGA